CUUGAAAAUAACAAAGUCAUUCGCAAUCAAUCAAUCAAACAAAAUGUUGCUGCAAUUGGUAAAUAACGUAGCUGAAAAGGAUUUCAAUGGUUAUACAGUUAUUGUGCCCAGCGUGUGUAUUGGAAAUGCUGCUCAAUUAGCUUGCGAUCUGUUAAUAUCAUCGAAAGGUUUAAAACGCGUGGGCUCCAUAGCACAUCCGGCGUUAAUUCCUAUAUACGGACCAUCCGCGUUUGAACUAGAUGACCAGCAGAAAAGUGCCGCCUGCGAGCUAUAUUCGUGCCCAGCUAGUCGCAUUUUGGUUUUCCAAUUUCGAUCUCCGUUUAUAUCACGUCAUGUAAGCAGUUUACACAAAGAUUUGGGAGAGUUUCUGAAAAAAUUUGCUUCUAAAGUUAUUGUACUAAGCGGAAGUCUUGGUUUUGAGAAACGAAUAAUUGACUCCUGCCCAUAUGAGUAUAAAGCAAGCGAUUCAUUCAAAGAUCAACACGCAGAUAAACUUAAGAGAAUGAAAUGGAAUGAGUUCCAAGGGGAGACAAUUUUUGGCGGUGGCAAUGCUUUGCAGUUAUAUCAAGUUUUAGAUGAGCAGAAAGUGCCUACAAUGAUAUUAUUCCGUUAUUUGCUGGAGGGUGACAAUUCAACAGAUGCAGGGCUUAUAUUGAACGAGUUGUCAGAACUCUGUGAAGGAUUUUUGGGUUUAAAAACCGAUGAUGGUGGCAUGCAACUGAAGGUGCCAAUAUCUUGGAAACUUUUGUUUGGGAAUGAUAUUCCAGAACUUAUUUUUUAAAUUUGUAUAUCGGGCAAAUGUUAAAUUAAAUUUUUGUUUUUAUUAAAUUUUCCGUAUUUUGUAGGAUUAUAUAGAACGUAAAGGAUUUUUGGGAGAAAAAAAUAAACAAACAAUUAAACUGA